GGUUGCAUAAGUUCAUAGUAGAUAAAGUGAUGUCCUGUAAUAUCGGUUAUGUCAUAAACAGCUGACUGCCGACGCGUCGGUAAUGUCAAUUCUUGAUAGAUGUCGGUAUAAACAAAAUAUAAAAUAUAAACACAAAAUAGGCGUGACAUUUUCAAUAUUCCUUUCUGAUUAAUUAUUGUUUAGCCAGUUUUCCAGCCGUAACAUGUCGCAAAACAUGAUUUUAACAGGUAAUUUAGACAUGUUACACAGUUUGUACGACUUUAAGGCGACUUACGCGAAAACUAUUAGUUUCAAAACGAACGAAUACUUUAUUUUACACCAGACCACCACAAAACACAAAAAUUGGUGGGAAGUUAUUAACGAGAAAGGAGAAAUGGGUUAUAUACCCUCAAAUUAUGUAGAAAAUGUCACUGUAAACCCUUCAUUUUACAUGCAGUACAUAGAAAACUGCUUGGAACAUUUAAAAAAUAAUGAAGCACAUUCCGAUUCCACGAUAAGCGACAAAAACGAGAUAAUUUUGAGGUUAAGGGAGAUCAAAAGACAAAUCGAACAGCUCCCUGAAUUUGCCAUGAAUUCUAUAAGUGCCACAGUGGGGGAUGUGCCUGAUCUACUCUACAAAAACUCGGAAGGCAAGUUGGAUUCCAUAAACUCAUCAGGGGGCAGCAGCUACUCCUCAAACAUAUCCGAGUUGAAAAAUCAUCGCAACGUAGUAGAGGAGCCAAUCAGGCCCACCAACCUGCAAAGCAAACGUACCAAAGAGAUAAGGAAGAGCAUAGAGAAUGUCCAUGAAGAGUUAAAGUCUGACUUGAUGAGCGGAGAAGGGAAGAAAUUCGACGCACCACCGAUUACGCAUCAGUCCGUGUACGAACUGGUCGAGAGCGUGAGAAUAAAUACUCAGUUAUCCCACGAGAUGUCUCGGAUCGCAGUGGUGACUGUGGUGCAGGGUCUGCACGAGUUACUACCCGCUUCAGUGUUUCCGUAUUUGAGUACGAUUUUGUCCCACUCGCAAACGUCUUUAGUGGUUGACGACGUACAAAUAGACCAAACUCACGAUGCUAGUCGGCUAAAAAUAAUAUUUAACGAGUUGACGAGUUGUAAGGAGGACUCGCAACAGCGCAGCUGGAUGCUUCACGAAGACGAAAGUGUCAUUAAGGAGUACAUAACUGAACUUAUAUCAAUUUUGUCGAACGCAGACGCAAGUAUAUCGCGUCACGUUAUAUCCGGCGAUCAAUACCACGUGAUAACCACUUUGAUUCAGUACUACCAAAUGGAGUUUCGAUGGUCGAUUCGGCAGCUAUUAUUGCAAGCUUUUGGUGUUCUAUGCAGCUUGGAUAAAACCGUUGUCAGUAUUAUGUUGUGCUCCAUAUUGCCUGGAGAACUUGCCAGAGACAUGAUGGCGAACCCACGUAACAUUCCAAAGUUAAACUAUUCCUCAUUGCUGCUCACCAUGAUUUUUUCUAUGGGCGAGUUGAUGCCAAUUACUCACUACGAUAUUUUGGGUAAGGAUUUUUUGUCCUUUAUCCUGGAUAACAUCGAGUAUCCUCCGGAUACUGACGUUGACGAGCAAAUUCCCGAUUUGUUCUUAAAUUUCGUGAUUUCAUUCAAUCUGCAAUAUGUCGAUGAAUCUGACAACGCUGUAUUGUCGGCGUUGGAAGAACGCGACGUUGCUAAGACUUUUACCGAGAAAAUUUUACUUUUGUUGAAUAGAGAAGAGGAUCCUGUAAGGAUUUUUGAUCACUUGCCAGCUCCACCUCAUUCUUUACUAAAGUUAUUCAACGAUUUAUUUAGUAAAAAAUCAACGGCCAGUUUGUUUUACACUAACGAUACCAAAGUUUUGAUUGAUAUUAUUGUUAGGAAUAUUUCGGAUUUAUCUACUGGGGAUGUGAGACGUCGUCAAUAUUUGGAAUUAUGCAGACGUGUAAUGCGUAAUACAAAUUAUGAAGAACACAAACACAGAAAUGACGAAAUUUUGAAAUGUUUCACUAGAAUUUUCUGUGAAGAAUCUGAUUUAAGCAAGCAUGACCAAAAAUUAGUCCGGGAAAUUUCCAACGAAUUUCCACAAUUUUUUAAUACUGAUGAAUAAAAGGACUACUAACAUUUUUAAAAUUUGCCAAAUUAGCAUUUUUAAAUUAAUAGUAUAAUUUUGCUCACAUAUCAGUAAUGCUUCCUUAAAUUGUAAACUGAAUUGUAAAAUGUAAAAAAAAUAAUAAAAAACAUCGAAAUUUUCUGUACCAAUUUUGAAUUAAUUUUUGUGAUAAAAUUUGCCAUUUUAAUUUAGGUACUUAAAUUCUAUGUGAUACUAUAUUAAUGUUAAUUAUUGAAGAGUAGAUUUUAUUUAAUAGGGUGUAAUUAUUUAUCCCCUGUAUAUAGGCGUUAUUUUAAAAAAACCCUUGAAGGCAGAAAAUAUUAAGUGCACGAUUCAACAUUAAAUAUUAAUGUUUAUUUAAAUAAUUUAGUACUAUUUUAUCUGUAAAAUGUGUAUGAAAUUUGCAUGCAAAAUAUUUAAAGGUUAGUUAUUUAAAAGUUUUAAUAUUAUAGUCCAAGAAAAAGGCUUUUUCUGUGCGAGCGUGCGAAAAACCUUUAUGGACGUGUAAUAAACAAUAUUUUUCGUUAUACCUCUCUGAAAAUAACUAAAAGUAUAUUUUACUAGUUGAAUAAGUUUUUAAGAUUUUAAUACAUCUUAUAUAAAAUGGUGCCAAACAAUACAAUAAUAAUUUAAAAUAUUUAAUUUUAUACCAAUUUUUUUUAUGUAAUUACACAUAAACUACUUUUUUAUAUGAAAACAUUAUUUACAGAAAGGUUUAAUGAAAAGUAAUAAAAAGGUUGUUAAAUUUUGUUGUGAAAAUUGGUCAAUAUUUGGAGAUAUAAUUUGACAAUUUAGGUGUUGUGUGUAGAAUAAAUGCGUGUUAGGAUUUUUAAGGCAUUAAAAUAUAUUUUAUUGCCAGAAAGUCGAAAUUGCUUAAUAAAAACGGUACAAAAAGGCAAGGGAGGUAAUAUUAUAAAAUUAUAUUUAUUUAAGAUAUAAAUUAUGUAUGUAAUUAAAAUAAAUAUUUUAAUAUAUGUAACAUUCUCUUGAUCUUAAGAAGAAUUUAUUAUUACAAAUAAAUAAAAAUACAGGUUAAACUUAAAGAGUAAGGUGUUUAAACUUCCCCAGUCAUCAUUUCCAUGAAUUCUGAAAUAAAAAUUAUAAUUAUUAAAACCUUCAUAACAUAAAAUGGUAAAUCAAAGUUUCAUAUAGUCAUUUGGGAGAAACAAGCAAAUCAACUAGGUUCAAGUUUAUUUUUGUUUGUAGCGUUCCAUUUAGAUUUAAUGGUGUUUCAAAAUAGUAACAUUUAUUUUUAGAAUUUCUGUGCUUGACUAUAAUUUCUUAAUAUGAUUUCUUACCAUCGAAAUCGACGGUUCCAGAGCCGUCAGUGUCGAUUUCCUCGAUCAUCAUGUCCAAUUCUUUUUGUGUGAGUUGGUCGUCCAAUUCUCUGAGGAUUUCCUUUAAGCACGAGGUGGGAAUGUAGCCGUUUCCUAUU